UUCCGUCACGUGACGUAAAGUCAGCUGAUCUCCACGGGUUCUGGCGUUUAACUUCGUCCUUCACUGCAGCGGCGGAUUUCGGCCUCUUUAUUCUCCGAGUGCCUGUUUGUCUUUUCUGAAAUAAAAACAAUGGCGAGUCAGUCUCAGGGCAUACAGCAGCUGUUACAAGCCGAGAAACGUGCCGCGGAGAAGGUCGCUGAAGCCCGGAAACGGAAAAACCGGCGCUUGAAGCAAGCCAAGGAGGAAGCUCAGGCAGAGAUCGAGCAGUACCGUCUCCAGAGGGAAAAGGAGUUCAAGACCAAGGAAGCUGCGGCACUCGGAUCCCACGGCAACUCUGCCGUAGAGGUAGACAAAGAAACCGUGGACAAGAUGAGCCGCAUCCAGAGCAGUUAUCAGCAAAACCGAGAAGCUGUAAUGAACAACCUCUUGAAGAUGGUGUGCGACAUCAAGCCAGAGAUCCACACCAACUACCGCGUCGCUGGAUAAACCUCGCAGAAGAAUCACUGAGGCAAAGACUUGCCUUGUACAACCAUACAGAUGUUCCAGCCGUACAUACGUAUUUAGUUUUACAGAUGUGACAGGUAGCUGUAAUACUGAGUCAUACAGCUUUCCUGUGUUUACUACAUUUCAAAUGAACACACCAGGUUUUGGUCAGUUCUCUCAAAUUAGAAAUGUUUUAUUGUUUGUAGCUUUAGGUGAAUUAUAUUUAUAUUUAUAUCCUUUCGAUGGUGAUGGCGGUCCUGCAGUGGUUCAGUGCAUGUCUUUGUCUCUGCAUCGUUAAACCUGUUGGAAUGUAAUAGCAGUGCAUAUGUCUGUCCGGUUUGUGCAUUUAGAUGUGCUUUGUGUUGUUCAUAAUAAUUAUUAAAAGAAAGUGUUUUAUUUGAUUGCUACAGAACCAUGAAAUGAUCUUUGUGUGUAUAUAUAAAUAUCCAUCGCACAUACAUGUUCCUUAAGUACAACCUCGGCGUGGGGAGGAAAUGUAUUUGAAAUGUAUUCACUUCCUCGUUCCCUGCGAAAAAGAAAAGGAAAAAAAACACUUAAUUUUUCUUCCCUGGAGUGUUUGUGACAAGGAUAAAAAACAAAAAAAAACAAAGCUCGUUUCUUUUUUCCUCUGUUUUUUUCCUCUUGGAUGUGUACCUGACAUUCCUCUGUAAGAUCUGGCUGUGAAAAUACAAUAAUAAUAAAUGGUUGUGUGUGUGUGUA